AUGUAUGGUAACCGACCGGGGCACGAUAACCCACAAAACUCUAAUGAGCCUCCCAAUAGUAAUGGAUCACGUUUGGUCCUUAACAGAAGAACUGUUGAUCAUGGUAAUAGUAUGGGUCGUUGGCAUUUAUAUCGACUGAUGGGAUUGUAUGAUCAAUCUGCUCCUACUAUGGGAGUUAUACGACCGGAAUCGUCAUAUCUUAUGGACUUAUUGCCAUCAGCUGCAUAUGCAGCCGAUGGAAAGAGUACAAUGGCUGCUAUGGAUUUACAAACCAAAUUUGUUCAUUUAUCAAGUAAUAAGGCCAAACAUUCCAUAAAUACUGUUAAAUGGACACCAGAGGGAAGAAGAUUACUUGUUGCGAGUCAUAGUGGUGAGUUUACUUUAUGGAAUGGGAUGACAUUCAAUUUCGAAACAAUCAUGCAAGCCCAUGAUACAGCAGUUUUAUCACUAAAAUAUAGUCAUAGCGAUGAGUGGCUUUUAAGUGGAGAUCAAAAUGGAUGUUUAAAGUAUUGGCAACCCAAUUUUAAUAACGUUAAUAUAUUAAAUAAAGCUCAUGCUGAUGCUAUUCGUGAUAUUGCCUUUAGUCCCAAUGAUUCCAAGUUUUUAACAUGUAGCGAUGAUUCUACGGUUAAGAUUUGGAAUUUCAAUAAUGGACAAGAAGAGCGAACACUUGUGGGGCAUCAUUGGGAUGUAAAGCUGGCAGAUUGGCAUCCAACACUUGGAUUAAUUGUUACUGGAUCUAAAGAUAAUUUGAUUAAAUUAUGGGAUCCAAGAUCCUCAAACUGUAUAUCAACUUUACAUGGAUUCAAGCAUACGGUAUCGAAAACUAGAUUUCAAACCAGUGGUAAUCAAAGAUUACUUGCAGGUACCAGUCGAGAUAAAUCAUGUCGAGUUUUUGAUUUACGUACCAUGAGAGAUUUAGUAGUAAUUCGAGAUCAUGAUGCUGAUGUUUCUGGAGUUUCAUGGCAUCCUAUACAUGGUUCGAUAUUAACUACUGGUGCAUACAAUGGAUCCUUGCAUCAUUAUGUGUUAGAUACAUUUAUCCCCGAUGGGGGGUCACUGGGAUCUAAAACGGGUGGUGGCGUCGGGGUUACAAAUGCCUCAUCGGCAUCUGCACAUCAAGCUGCCGCAUCUCUGAGUCUGGUGGGAACAAUUGAAGCAGUGCACAAGAUCCCCUAUGCGCAUGAGAAGGCAAUUCAUGCAGUGGAAUAUCAUCCUUUAGGUCAUUUGCUUUGCACUGCCGGUGUUGAUAGAACUGCUCGGUUUUGGUCUAGGGCUCGACCAAAUGACCCUGGAGCUUUGAAUGAUGCAUUAUACACUGAUCAGAAGUCUGGAGCGUGGUAUUACGCGGUGAACAAUAAUGUUAACGCAGUUAUUGAUUCGCUGAAAUUACCAGGAUCUAAUGGAGUUGGUGAAGGUGGAGACAACCUUCGAGAAGAUGGGCUUCCUGGGCUUCCUGGUUUACGGAUGUAG